AACCUAUCUUUUUGUUCUUUUAAUCUUUUGACUUUUGAGAGUUUUGUAAUGAGGGAGGGUAUUUUCAAUCAAAAUUUCUUGUACCUAAGACAACUAUUCUAUUGUAAACUUCCAAAUCUCUCUUGAUAUUACGUAUAAACCUGAAUUUUGCGUAAAUCCGCAUAGCUAGGACUCAGGAGAAACAGAGGAUUAACUUUUUUUUAACUUAUUUGUAUGAUAUGGUCCUGUUGAAAGCCUCUUUUAAAAGUUAAUCCGUAGAAUGCCUCUAAGCAAAUUGGAUAGGCUCUAUAGGGCUAUUUUGCUCUCCAAAUACUUCGUUAAAGGUUGGGGUGAUCCACAUGGACUAAAGAGGUUGUUUGAAUUCAGAAAGGUAGUAUCAAAUCGUGAAAGCUGCUACAAUCUAGUCGAUAAAAACUAUCCUGUUCACAUAGAUAAGGAUGAAGAAUGGUCUGAUUGUCGAGUGAUGGAGGGUCACUUCAAGUCUCCAUUUGUUCACUAUCUGCCAGGGUUGUUGCCGGAAGAGUCAGAGAAUGCCCAUUUCCAAGUUAUUUUACCCAAGAAAUGGACAUCAAAUUACUACAAACCCAUUUGCCUACAUAUGGCGGGAACUGGAGACCACUACUAUUGGCGCAGACGACAGGUGAUUGCUAAGCCUUUGCUGAAAGAAGCCAAUAUAAGUUCUAUUCUGUUGGAGAACCCAUUCUAUGGCCUCAGGAAACCCAAAGAUCAAGUACGCUCCAUACUGCACAAUGUGUCUGAUAUCUUCGUGAUGGGUGGCUGCCUUAUAUUGGAAAGCUUGGUGUUGUUUCAUUGGUGUCAGCGGCAGGGAUUUGGACCCCUCGGUGUCACUGGCAUGUCUAUGGGUGGUCAUAUGGCCUCUCUAGCAGCCACCAACUGGCCUCAUCCCAUCGUACUUGUGCCUUGCCUCUCCUGGUCUACGGCAUCUGGGGUGUUCACUGAGGGUGUGAUCAGUGGUGCUAUCAACUGGAAGCUGCUGGAAACACAGUUCCAGUCUGAUAAGAUAUACAAGGCCACUCUGCAGAAGAUGGUAUCCAUCAUCGAGGAUGAUGCAUUUCGAGCAGGUCAACAGUUUGCUAAGACGUUUGAACGAAGCAUCGCCAAAGUUGAAGACAAAAAUGAAGAAAACAAACAAAUCAACGGCGCUAACUUGAGUAAAGAAACCAGAGAAAUCUUCAUGGACAAACUGCACAGCGAAAAGAGGCCUAGUUCUGUCACAGAAGUGAAUAUUGGAGGUUUGUUCAAGUUGAGCAUGCCGAACCUGAGUCGCCUUCGACUCACAAACUCUGACGAUCGGACAGCCAUGAUGUUGAGUCUCAAGGAAAGUAACACCUCGGCACGAACUUCAGAUGAGAAGAUCAACUGGAAAGAGCACGAGGCACUUCACUUCAUGAGAGGCAUCAUGGACGAGUGUACACAUCUCCGCAACUUCAGCAUACCAGUGGACACGAGUCUGAUAGUGUCUGUGUGUGCGCGAGACGACGGCUACGUGCCUCGCGAGGGGGUCACUGACCUGACAGAUAUCUGGCCGGGGGCGGAGGUACGCUACAUAAACGCAGGACACAUCACUGCGUUCGUACUGCACCAGAAAGUGUUCCGGUCUGCAAUUAUAGAUGCUUUCAAUAGAGCCAGAAGCAAAUAUAUGUUUUACUCAUAAAAUGUUUACAAGUUGUACAUGUAACGGGUGUAACAAGUGUGAUAAAUAUUGUAUUUAUACUAACAUAGUACAAGUCGGUGUUGCCUGUGUGCCAAAUUGAUUUAUUAUUUGAAUAUUCCAUUAACACUUGACAUAGCGACUAUACAACUGACUGAUUUCAUAAUUAUCUCAAAGCUGAAUCAUAUCCUGUACAAUAUGUAGCUUAAACCAUAAAUAAACAUACAUCAUCAAUAAAUAUUGUAUAUUUUGGAUGUUUAUAUUAUAUUCCUAUUAAAGUAUAUUGAAGAUUUU